AUGCAAGGCCUAAAAAAUGCACAAAAUAUUGAACCACAAACAAGUUCAUCAUCUAUUGCUGCACCACAUGUAUUUAUCAUUGGUCCAGUAAGAGUGCAAACAAUACAAAAAAUUGAUGGACGAUUAAUGGAUAAAUUAUUUAUUGAUGAAAUAUUAGAAUUAUAUGGUUCAGGUGUAAAAUAUCCAAGCAAAGAAUUAAUUAAUAUAAAACCUAAAAUUCUAAAAUCUCUUCCAACGACUACAAAAAAUAUUCCAAUAACGGUACAAGCUGUUCGUGUUGGUAAUGAUUAUGUAAGAAUUGAUCGAAAAAUGGAAAUUGAUCGAUCUAAAAUCAAAUUACAAUCGGUUGCAAAUACCAAAGAAUUAGUGAAAUUUGGUGGUGCUGAAAUGAUCGACGAAAAUGAUGAAAUUAAACCAAUUCGUAAAUCAAAAUCGGAAGCUACCAUUUUUAAAAUACCAAUUUUUAAUUUAAUUGGUUCAUUGGUAAUUACAGCAUUUCAAAAUACAAUUUAUGAUAGUAGCGGUAGUUAUAAAAUAUACGAAGAAAUUGAACUUCGUGCUGAUAGAAGUACUGCAAAACCUGAAAUUGCGGUUGUACCAUUUCUUCGAAAGGUAUCAGUGUUACCAAAAAAUAAGAAAGAUCAAAUACCAAUCAAAUAUCAGGAAGAUAUUCUUAUAGGCUAUAAUGUGAUGCUUAUCAAACGUCUAAUUGAAAUUAAACCUUCGUUUAAAAAACAGUUUUAUAAUUUUUCAUUAAACGAAGAACGAAAUUAUGUCACUGAUAAGACUAUUUCUACUCCAAGUAGUAUUACUGAAUCUGUACCAUCAAAUAUUGGAAAACCAAAAAUGCUUGUUUUACAAGAGCCACCUAUUAGGACAGAUUUUACAAGAUUAAGUAGUGGUUCAGCCGAACAGGUAUUUUAUCAUCCGGUUGAACCGGUUGAUAAAAAAGAUCACAAAAUGGAAGAAAAUUUACAAACAGCAAUUGGUUCAUCUGAUAUAAUUAAUGAAGAUCGUGGUAUUGUCAAAACAUUUGACAAAUUUCAGAUUAUUCGACAUUCACCAUCAAUUAAUGGGUCUAAGGCUAGGAAAAUUGCAAAGAGUACAAAGCAUCGUAAGUUAAAAGUUGGUAAAUCACCUACUGAAGCUUUCCUGAAUGCUGAAUUACAUACUUCACGUCCGUUACGUAACACUUCAAAACCGGAAAAUCCGGAAACGAUUGAUUAUGCAUUACAAGCUCAUUCUGAUUCACUACGUACCGGACAAUCAAUUAGCACAGAAAGUACAAAAAAUCCGAAACAAAGUCAAUUAGCAGAUCAAGAUGAAUCAAAACAAUUCAAAGAAUCCAUUUCAUUUGCAAACAAAGCAAAGCAUUCAUCAUCAAAUGAAGCAAUCGAUUCAAAUUCAAAAAUGAAUCAAAUUUCAUAUCCAACCACGCUGAAGACAGCUCGUUUGUCUAACUCAUUUCGACCCAUUUAUUCAUCACCGAUUCAUUCUUUUGCAUCCUUAUUUUCAUCUAAACGAAAUCAUUUACAAAAAUGUCUUCCUGAUAGCUCUGAAAUGGGAUUAAUUUCAUCUUCCAGUUCUACUUGCAUAAGUAAAGAUAAUACUUUGUUGGAUGAAAAGAAGAAUAUUUCGAGAAAUGCGCAAAAAGUACCAUCCAUUCAUUUCACAUCUAAAGAUCAAAUUUCCAAAUACAACAAAUCAUCGCAUUUUUUCGGGAAUAUAGAUGAUAAAAAUGAUAAUGAAAAAUCAACCGGUAUUCGAACUGCUCGUAGCAUUCCGGAUCAGCUAAUAAUAACAGCAAAAAGUUCACGUUUUCCUGAAACUGAUGAACAAGCAGCAUUAACUGCAUGUGAAUUAUCGCAAGAAUUAUUGAAUCGUAGUAGAAGCGCAAAAAAAGAUAAACAACAACAUCUCAUUAAAACUACCGGAAAUUUUCCUGAUACGCAAAUUUCAUCACGGAAAAUAUUUUCGACCGUACAACCGACACAUAUUAGCAGUUCUUCAUUAACUGAAAUUAAAUCAAAGAAUUUAAAAUUACCUUCAAUAUCACUAGAACAAGAAAGGAAAAAUGUUUCUAUUGUUUCCGACAAAUGUCACCAUUCCAUGUCACCAAAACGAAAAUACGGUUUAUUACCACCAACAUCAAGUAUCAUAUCAGCUACACCUAAACAUUCCUCAAAAAGUCGCAGCGGCGAAAAUGUCACCUCAAAAUCAUUAAUGUCAUCUCAAAUAUCAAAAGAAACAUUCUCAGAUAUUGAUAAGAAAGUACACGUAAAAACUAAGAAAACGUCAAAGGAAAUUCAAUCACUUGAAUCACGUUUUGGACAAUUGCCAUCACGUUUUGAGAGAUUCCCAUUACAAGCUCGAUCAACAAAAUCUCGACAAAAAAAAUCAUUUGAUACCUCUGCUAAACGAAUUCGAGCAAAACGAGUACCAUCAUUAAUAAGUGUAACACAAGAAUCGGAUGAUACUAAAAGUUCCUCAAUACGAACACCAUCAAAAUGGUUUGAAAAGUCAAAAAUAUUUGCAGAUCAAUCAGAAUUAGAACAACCAGUACAAACAAAAAGUAUUGUUAUUCCCAUAUCUUCCACUACACUAAAAUCAUCUGGCGCAAAUGUACCAACAAUAGAAGCGCCAUUAGCAUCAAAAGCAAGCACGACAAAAAAAGUUUCAUCAAUUUCUGAUACAUUAAUUAAAAAAAAAGGAUCUACGGAUGGUCAAAAAGAUGGAACUUCAAUAAUGAUUGAAUCGAAAGAUGACGAAAAUCUUACCAUUCAAUUAAAUAUAAAUUUACAAGUGAAAAAUAAAGAUGGUAAAUUAAGUGAAAAACAAAAGCUAAAACCGGAACGUAUACUGAUAAAUGAUCGUGAAGUAUACCGGAAAAGUGAAAGUUAUCAUUUAUAA